UAUCGUCCCGUCUCACCACCCAUCGACAUUACUCAGACAUGCCCCGCCCGCCCGAAGACCCAGAUGUGAGAAACAGCAAGACAUUGGCGUACAUCCUCCGCCACGGCGCUGAGAAGGAGGGUCUCUAUAUCCGUUCCGAUGGGUUUAUCAAGCUUGCCGAUGUCCUGGCAAGACCAAAACUUAAAGGCGUGGACGAACCCACCAUCCUCCACCUCGUGCAGACAAACGCUAAAAAGCGAUUCGAGCUAUUUUGGGGGUAUGAUCCCUCGCCUCCUAGACCGAAGAAGAAGCCUACGCAGGGGAAGACGAAAAAGCAAUUGCAGAGGGAUCGUGAGACGGCGGCGGCCGCUGCUGCUUCUGCUGCUGUUGCUGCUUCUGGGACAGGGGAAGGGCAAGAGAAGGGCAAGGAGCCCGAUGCAGCGACGAUAGACAUUAUCGCGUCUUCCCUUGCGUCCACGGACCUUACCGCACCACCGUCUUCUUUGUCUAUAAACUCCACCGCGCCAGCCCCAGCCCAGAGUUCGACUUCAGUGGACCCUCCAGAACUCCCUCUCAUUUCCCUUCCCGACCCACACACCUCUGCCUCCGAUUCUGACGCCAACGCCAGCGCCAAUAGUGACAACCCGAAGGGCGAAUACUUUAUUCGCGCAACGCAAGGCCACUCUAUCCAGCUCGAGUCGACUGCACAUCUCGAACAAGUGAAAGAUGAUGAAGAAGGGAAAAGAAAGGUAGGCUUGAUGGUCCAUGGCACGAGAUGGGAGUUGUGGGAUACGUUGAAAGAACAAGGUCUCCAAAAGAUGACCCGCCAGCAUAUCCACCUCGCCCCUGGCUUCUCGGGCCCCAUCACCCCUCGGCCCAACUCCACACUGUACAUUUACCUCGACCUGUCCAAGCUUGUCGCCGCUGGGAUCCCGGUGUAUGUCAGUGCGAAUGGGGUGGUGCUUACCCCUGGUUCCAAGGGCGGGGAGAAUGGAGAGGGGGCAGGAGUGGGGAAAGAGUUUUGGAGAAGAGCGGUAAGGAGGAAAGAGGGGAAGAGGUGGGUUGUGUGGGAGGAUGGGAGGGAGGUGGAGAGGGAAGAGUUAUCAGGUGAGGAGUAGGAAGUAAGGAGGGAAAAGUAACGGAAGAAUGAGAUGAGUACAACGAGUACGCCGUUUUGUCCUGCAUAAGAACCGCACUGUGACAAGAGAUUUUACUUUUAAUGACAAAACUAUAAAUU